AUGGAGCUGAGCCUGGAGAGCCUGGGGGGCCUGCACAGCGUGGCCCACGCGCAGGCAGGCGAGCUGCUGAGCCCGGGCCACGCGCGCUCGGCGGCGGCGCAGCACCGCGGCCUGGUGGCGCCCGGGCGCCCGGGCCUGGUGGCCGGCAUGGCGAGCCUGCUGGACGGCGGCGGCGGCGGCGGCGGGAGCGCCGGGGGCGCGGGCGGCGCGGGCAGCGCGGGCGGCGCGGGCGGCGGCGCGGACUUCCGCGGGGAACUGGCGGGCCCGCUGCACCCGGCAAUGGGCAUGGCCUGCGAGGCGCCGGGCCUGGGCGGCACCUACACGACGCUCACGCCCCUGCAGCACCUGCCGCCGCUUGCGGCAGUGGCCGAUAAGUUCCACCAGCACGCGGCGGCCGCGGCCGUGGCCGGGGCGCACGGCGGCCAUCCCCACGCGCACCCGCACCCGGCGGCCGCGCCGCCCCCGCCACCCCCGCCGCAGCGUCUGGCGGCUAGCGUGAGCGGCAGCUUCACCCUCAUGCGCGACGAGCGGGCGGCGCUCGCCUCCGUGGGCCACCUCUACGGACCCUACGGCAAGGAGUUGCCCGCCAUGGGGUCGCCGCUGUCGCCGCUGCCCAACGCGCUGCCGCCCGCGCUGCACGGCGCCCCGCAGCCCCCGCCGCCGCCGCCACCCCCGCCGCUGGCUGCCUACGGCGCGCCAGGCCACCUGGCUGGGGACAAGCUGCUGCCGCCCGCCGCCUUCGAGCCGCACGCCGCGCUGCUGGGACGCGCGGAGGACGCACUGGCCCGCGGGCUGCCCGGAGGCGGCGGCGGCACAGGCUGCGGCGGAGCGGGCAGCGGGAGCGCUGCGGGGCUGCUGGCGCCGCUGGGCGGGCUGGCGGCGGCCGGGGCGCACGGGCCGCACGGGGGAGGCGGCGGCCCCGGCGGGAGCGGCGGCGGCCCCAGCGCGGGCGCAGCGGCCGAGGAGAUCAACACCAAGGAGGUGGCGCAGCGCAUCACGGCGGAGCUGAAGCGCUACAGCAUCCCGCAGGCAAUCUUCGCGCAGCGGAUCCUGUGUCGCUCUCAGGGCACGCUCUCCGACCUGCUGCGCAACCCCAAGCCGUGGAGCAAGCUCAAAUCCGGCCGCGAGACCUUCCGCAGAAUGUGGAAGUGGCUGCAGGAGCCAGAGUUCCAGCGCAUGUCGGCGCUGCGCUUGGCAGCCUGCAAGCGCAAGGAACAGGAGCAGCAGAAGGAGCGCGCGCUGCAGCCCAAGAAGCAGCGCCUGGUGUUCACCGACCUGCAGCGACGCACGCUGAUCGCCAUCUUCAAGGAGAAUAAGCGGCCGUCCAAGGAGAUGCAGGUCACCAUCUCGCAGCAGCUCGGCUUGGAGCUCAACACCGUCAGCAACUUCUUCAUGAACGCGCGGCGCCGCUGCAUGAACCGCUGGGCUGAGGAGCCCAGCACGGCCCCCGGGGGCCCCGCCGGCGCCACGGCCACUUUCUCCAAGGCCUGAGGCGCCCCGGCCCCGC